AACCACACCGGAGAAAAAACGAACCCACGAGAAAAAUCCACCAAGAAGACGAAACCGAACUCAGCAACCUCCACCAUGUCCAUGGCCACCACCGCCCUCCUCCGGCUAGCGCCGCUGCCGCCGCACGCCCGCCUCCUCGCCCCCAAGAAACCAUCUCUCCUCACGCCCCUCGGCAGCGGCCGCCGCGCCGCGGGCGCCCUGCGGCUCGCGAGGGCGGCCGGCGACGGGCUCGCGGAUCAGACCACCGUCUACAACGGCGUGUACGGGCCCUGGUCCGUGGACGACGCGGACGUGCGCGAGGUGCUGCUGUACCGGGCUGGGCUAGUCACGGCCGCCGCGUCUUUCCUGGUGGCCGCCUCGGGGGCGUUCCUGCCGGAGGGGAACGCGGUCGGCGACGCCGUCCGGCAGGGCGCCGACCUCUUCUACGCCGCCGGGGCCGGCGGUCUCGGGCUGUCGCUCGUGCUGAUCCACAUCUACGUUACCCCCAUCAAGCGGUUCCUCCAGGCGCUCUGGGCCGUCGGCGUGCUCGGGUCCGUCGGCACCUACGCCCUCGCCGCGCGGCCGCUCGACGAGGGGCUGGUCCGGUACGUGCUCGAGCACCCCGGCGCCAUGUGGUUCGUCGGGCCCACCUUCGCCGCGCUCACUGGCCUCGUCUUCAAGGAAGGACUCUGCUAUGGGAAACUGGAAGCCGGCAUCUUGACGUUUGUUAUCCCAAUCCUUCUUCUUGGACACCUGUCUGGCUUCAUGGACGAUGGGGUAAAAUUGAGCCUCUUAGGGGUGUGGAUGGCGCUCUUCUCCGUGUUCGCCGCAAGGAAAUUCCAGCAGCCCAUUAAGGACGACAUUGGCGACAAGUCUGUCUUCAUGUUCAACGCCCUCCCCGAAGAGGAAAAGAAAGCUCUGCUGCAGAGGCUCGAAGCGCCGACUGGGCAGAAGUUCGAGUAGCAGGUAUCGUCGGUCAAUGAAUAACAUUGUUUCACUUCCAACUGAGCAGAAGCUUGAAUAGAUGUAGCUAGCACAAUGCAGAUAGCUAGUCGCGACUAUAGCCGUUGUAUAUGUUAGUUCGAAGAAAAAACAUGCUAGGGCAUGUGCCAGUAUUGACAAAGCUGUGAUUUCGCUGCAAAAUCUGUUACUGGAUGGA